GAACAGCAUGGCGCGGCGCCCACGGAGCUCUAGGGCCUGGCACUUGGUGCUGAGUGGGGUGCGGCGCGAGGCGGACUCUCGGGCGCUCGCCCUGGCCAGUGGCACACGGGGCUGGGGCUAUGACUCCGACGGGCAGCACAGCGACUCUGAUUCGGAGACAGAGUUUUCCUCCCUCUCACCUUCCAUCCCAAGUGCCAUCCCUGUUACUGGAGAAUCGUACUGCAACUGUGAGAACCAGAGUGAAGCUCCCUACUGCUCCAGCCUGCACGGCCUCCACCGCGUGAAGGACUGCCAGUGUGGCGAGGAGGAUGAGUAUUUUGAUUGGGUGUGGGAUGACCUGAACAAGUCAACGGCCACGCAGCUGACAUGUGACAACCGCAAGGUGAACUUCCACAUGGAAUACAGCUGUGGCACUGCUGCCAUCCGUGGCAACAAGGAGCUGGCUGAGGGGCAGCACUUCUGGGAGAUCAAGAUGACCUCCCCUGUCUAUGGCACAGACAUGAUGGUGGGAAUUGGGACAUCGGAUGUGAACCUGGACAAGUACCGCCACACGUUCUGCAGCCUGCUGGGCAAGGAUGAGGACAGCUGGGGACUGUCCUACACAGGACUGCUGCACCACAAGGGAGACAAAACAAACUUCUCAUCGAGGUUUGGGCAAGGCUCCAUCAUCGGGGUGCAUUUGGACACGUGGCAUGGGACGCUGACCUUCUUCAAGAACCGCAAGUGCAUAGGGGUUGCAGCCACAAAGCUGCAGAACAAGAAGUUUUACCCCAUGGUGUGCUCAACAGCAGCCAAGAGCAGCAUGAAGGUGAUCCGGUCCUGCGCCAGCUGCACAUCCCUGCAGUACCUCUGCUGCUACCGCCUGCGUCAGCUCCUGCCCAACUACGUGGACACGCUGGAGGUGCUGCCCCUGCCACCAGGACUCAAGCAGGUGCUACACAACAAACUGGGGUGGGUCUUGAGCAUGAACUAUAGCACAUCGAAGCCUUCCUCCUCCUCGUCCUCUGGAAGUGACUCAGACAGCUCCUGUGGCUCAGACGCAGAGGCCUGCCAAAGGAAGAGGUGCCGGAGGACAUAAUGUGUCUGCAGAGGAACUGCUGUAAGGGACUCAGUGGGGUUUUGUUCUGCUGCCUGUGAGGGCUGCCCAGGCCCAAUGCGCCUCUUUCUUCACAGGGACAUCCAUUUCUACUCGGUUGCAAAGGUUUCCCUGUUGGAAAUCUUUAGCCUAAAGAUCCAUCACAUGCAUUGAAAAGCCUUGUUUGACUCAAAGAGGUCUCAGCUCUAUGAACCAGGUAAACUGCAGCCAAAUAUCUGUGCUUCAUCUCCUGACUUGCUGUCAAAGCCAUCGCCUCUUCCUGAAGGAUCUCUCUUCUCACCAUUGGCAGAGACAACUAAGGUGAUUUCCUGUUUUCAAAGAACACCAGACUUUUAUCAGAUAGCAGACUUGACUCAUCAAAAGACAAACUCAAAGACCAGUCCAUGUCCUCCUAACUGUUGUAUGUUGGUUUAGUGUCUGCCAUGAACUCAUUACGCUGUGGGGCCCAAUGGAGCAGCAGUGUGUGGGGACGUGGGCUCCUGCGGCUGCAUCUGUAUUGCUGCUCUGCGGGAGCAGUUACAUGAGUUGAGCUACGGGUGAGCUCACUCGAGCCCCUGAUGACUAAUUGCUUUGCAUGUUGACUCCUGCUGCUUCUCCUCUAUCAAAGACUGUAUUAAAAUGUAAUAAUAAACGUAGAAACUGUC